CUGAAAUUGAAUAGCAAUGGUAACAUCCUAUCAAAUGCGACCAUUUAUACAGCAAUCGAAAGUGAUGGCGAACAACCGUUAUGGAUACAGCAAUUUGCAGAUCUUGAAAUUGUUUUGCUCUCUGACAUAAUGGCGAAUGUUCUGGUCACAUCAAAAGAUCCACCAAAAAACGAGCCAAACGAAUCGGAAUUGGAUGAGAUAUCAGAUGAAAUGGUGCAGCGUUUGAAUGCUUCAAUAAUGCGCAAUUUGGAUGACAUGACAACAUUUGUUCACGAAACUCAUCCAUCGGUAACGUUGCUGUUUAGCGGUGGUGUUGAUAGUCUUUUGUUGGCUCAUCUAUUGCACAAAUGUAUCGAUCCAUCGAUGUGCAUUGAUCUUAUCAAUGUUUCUUUUGAUCAGAAUUCGAAGUGGGUACGGAAGCGUGACAGUUGCAUUCUAUUAAUCGCGAACAAUAUUCUUCAGGAUUUCAGCGGUGCACCGGAUCGAGUGCGUGGUAUUGAAGCGUAUGAACAUCUGCGAGAGUGCUAUCCAAGCAGAGAAUUUCGUUUGAUUCUUGUUAACGUUGACCGUGAUGAACUGGCGGAUUGUCGUCGCAGACAUAUCGCACGUUUGGUGAGACCAUCAGAAACAGUUCUGGAUGACUCAAUUGCGUGCGUUCUGUGGUUUGCGGCCAGAGCUGAGGGUGUGCUCUAUGCGAACACAACAAUGCCACCAGAAUCACUGAAACACAGCAGUAAUUCUCAAGUAGACAGGGUCAAAAGUGAAUCAAAAGUGGUAAUAGUUGGAAGUGGAGCGGAUGAGUUAUUUGGUGGCUAUUCAAGACAUCGUGGUUGUUAUGAGAAUGCCGGUAGAUUAGCGGCUAUCGAUGAGAUGCAACGGGAAUUGAUUCGUAUUGGUGAGAGGAAUCUGGGUCGAGAUGAUCGCAUCAUCUCGGCACAUUCAAAAGAUGUUCGAGCACCGUAUUUGGACGAUCUUUUUGUUGAAUGGGUGAAUUGUUUACCGUUGGAGCUAAAGAGCGAUUUCACGAAGAUACGUGGUGUUGGCGAAAAAGCUCUUAUUCGUCGAGCUCUAAAACAUUUUGGUGCACCUCGAACAUUGUUCGCAGCGCCGAAGCGUGCGAUGCAGUUCGGAACAAGGAUCGCAAAAUUGGAAGAACGGAAAGAGAAAGGUUCUGAUCGAUGCAGUCGUCUCGUUGUGAACGAUUCAGAUGCGAUACUCGUUGGAAACAUUGCAAAUACCAAUUAA